AUGAAUAACAUCUUCCUAAGACACUUGUUGCUUCUCUCCUUAGCAAACCUAGUCUUCUCACUCCCUCUCUCAACAAGGUCAAGAUGGAUUGUGGAUGAUCUCAGUGGGGCCCGGGUGAAGCUCGCUUGCGUCAACUGGGCGGCCCACCUCGAGCCCAUGUUGGCCGAAGGGCUUGACAAGAAGCCUGUCGGCCACAUUGCGGCCCACAUAAAAGAUAUGGGAUACAAUUGUGUGCGCCUCACGUGGGCCACCUAUAUGUUCACCCGGUAUCCCAGGACCACCGUGGCCCAGUCCUUUCACAGGCUUGGGCUCCGCGAUGCUAGGAUUGGGAUAGCCAGGAACAAUCCAGGCUUUCUCAACCUCACCGUGGUCGAAGCGCAACAGGCAGUGGUGGAAGAGCUUGUAGGGAAGGGUCUAAUGGUUGUACUAGACAACCAUGUGAGCCAGCCCAUGUGGUGUUGUGGUGAUCAUGAUGGAAAUGGCUUCUUUGGGGAUGAGGAUUUUGAUCCCAAUGAGUGGCUACGUGGCUUGGAAAUUGUGGCCAAACGAUACAAAGAUACACCGAUGGUAGUGGGCAUGAGUCUGCGUAACGAACUUCGUGGGGCGCACGAGAAUUCAACCAUAUGGUACAAGUACAUCGAGAAAGGAGCAAGACGGAUCCACAAAGCAAACCCAAACCUCGUGGUGAUCGUCUCCGGACUGCACUACGAUGUUAGCUUAGGGUUCUUGAAGCAAAGGCCGUUGAAGAAAACAUUCAAGAACAAGUUAGUCUAUGAAUUUCAUCGAUACGUAUUCUCAAAGGGGCAGAGGAAUUUGUGGCUAACAAAGCCUUUCCAUGAAGCUUGUGAUAGUGUUAGAGGGGAGAUUGAGAGAGAGGCUGGAUUUCUGAUUAAGGGUGAAAAUGCAUCACCUUUAUUUGCUAGUGAAUUUGGGAUCAACCAGAUGGAAAUGGGCCGGGUCGAGAGAUUGUUUUUGGGCUGCUUCUUGGGCUUUUUGGCGGAAAAGGAUCUGGAUUGGAGUGUGUGGGCUUUGCAAGGAGGGUAUUAUAUUAGGAGUGGGGUUCGUGGGCUUGAUGAGACUUACGGCAUGCUGGAUUCGGGUUGGAGCUCCAUUCGGAACCCGGAUUUUCAUCACCAACUUGGGCUUGUUCAACAAAAAAUCCAAGAUCCUAAUUCAAGGGUUCCUACAUACCAAAUUUUGUACCAUCCGUUAAGUGGAGGAUGUAUUCAAGUCCACAAUAGGGAAAUUUACUUGGGAAAUUGUCAAAAUUUCAGUCGAUGGAAUUAUGAUCGGAAUACUCAUUCUAUCCAAUUGGUUGACACCGAAUUGUGUCUCUCGACUACCGGAGAUGGGAUUCCGGCAACACUAUCUCGGAAUUGCAAUGGUGGAAAGAGUCGAUGGGAAUUGCUUUCAAACACCAAAUUUCAAGUGGCAAAUAGGGAUGAGAAUGGGAAUUAUUUGUGCUUGGAAUUGGAUGUUAACAAUUCAUCAAGAGUUUUGACUAGCAAGUGUUUUUGUUUGGGGCAAGAUGAAGAUAUGAAGUGCCUACAGUCUCCCCAAAGCCAGUGGUUUAAGCUUAUAAUAGGAAAUGUUAGCUAAAAUGGCUUGGAGUUAAGUUUUAUUAUUUGAUUUUUUUUUAAUCUCGUGGUUUGUUUAUCAUCACAGCCACUAAUUAUUGGUGUUAUAUGAAGUUACAUAUGGAUG